AGAAAAAAAGUAGUUAACCCUUCCGUGGACCAAUCCUGCGCAAAAAUUUGGAUUUUCCAGUUCUCCUUAUUCUCCGUCUCCCUCUCACUCACCCAAAUUCCGAUGGGAGGUGUACCACGCAAUCACACGUUGAUCUUUCUCUCGCUAAUAUUGCUUAUUUUGCCUGCGGCACUUGCGAUCUCUUCUGAGAAUGUCGAGGGAUAUAGCAUAAAUGGUCAAGUCAAAUUUUCUGGUAGCAUAACUGGACCCGGUCUUCCGCCAAAAAUAUCAAAUGUCAAAGUUAUACUUAAUGGUGGACAAAGAGUUUCUUUUUUAAGGCCUGAUGGAUAUUUUUCAUUCCAUAAUGUGCCAGCAGGGACUCAUCUUAUUGAAGUGGCUGCUGUUGGUUAUUUCUUCUCUCCAGUCCGGGUUGAUGUGAGUGCAAGAAACCCGGGCAAGGUUCAGGCAGCUCUGACAGAGAACAGGAGAGUAUUGAGUGAGCUUGUUUUGGAGCCGUUGAGAGAGGAACAGUAUUAUGAGAUAAGAGAACCAUUCUCCAUAAUGUCUAUUGUGAAGAGCCCAAUGGGUCUAAUGGUUGGAUUUAUGGCGAUUGUGAUGUUUUUGAUGCCCAAACUAGUAGAUGCGGAAGAAAUGAAGCGAGCACAGGAGGAAAUGAGAAACCAAGGUACUCCCUCUCUUGCAAACUUUUUAGCAGGAGCACAGAGAACCAGUUAAACAUUGUAAGGCAUAUAUUUAGAGAAAGUUGUAACAAUAUUGAAAACUUUCUAUGGAACAAUGCCUUUUUUGUUGUUAUCUGAUACUCGCUGUGUUAUAAAACCUACCAAUAUCUGAUGUAUUUGAUCACAUUUUCUUUGUAACCUAUUUCUUCAAUUUUAAGGCUCGUUUGGCAGGACUUUUGAAA